CUUUUCGCGAGCGCCGCCUCGCCUUACCUUUUUGAGCCUGCGGCGGUGCCGUUGCCAGCGCUCUGUCGCCUUCGCUCUGGCUUCAUGGAAGCGGGUUCUUCGUUACAGCUGCUCUGCCGGGCGUGCCAGCUUCAAAGAUGGCGGCCCUCUCGCGACCCCUGACAGCAGGUAGGGCUUCCCAGGCUCAGGGGGAGGCGGGGCUCCGAGGAGGAGACCCCUGUGGGGGGGGGGGCAGGCUGCACUUUGCAGGCGACGAGGGAAGGGACCUGGAGAGAAGCUUUGCUUUGCACACCUUGAUUUGUCCCUCUUUUUGCAGCCUCCUGGAGAAGGCAAGGUCUCUUCCAUUGGGUCCCACCAAGGCGACGUCCGCACCAGGCAUUGAAGGCGCUGUGAUGCCACUUUAAACAGGCCUGGCUCCCCCGCCAAUAAAUAGUUUGCUAGAGGGGCAGAGAGCUACAAUUCCGAGCUACAAUUCCGAGAGUGGAUUAACAACCAUAGAAUAAUAGAAUUGGAGAGUAGAGUUGGAAGGGAACCCGAGGGUCCUCUAGUCCAACCCCUGCAAUGCAGGAAUCUCAUGACAGAUGGCCAUCCAAGCAUUGCUCCAAGGAAGCAGAGUUCACAACCUCCUGAGAGAGUCCAUUCCAAACAGCUCAUAUUGUCAGAAAGUUUUUCCUGAUGUUUAGUCGGAAUCUUCUUUCUUGUAAUUUGAACCCAUUGGUUCAAGUUCUACCCUCUGAAGUAGGGUGAAACAAGCUUGCUCCUUUAGUACCCUUGGGUGCAGCUCAUCAGGCCCUGGAGAUUAAAUUCAUUUAAAUAGCUAGGUGUUCUCUGACCACCUCUCUUCCUGCUUUGGGCUGCAGCUCCUCCUUGCAUCAUUUAUUCUGUUGUUGCCAGAUUGGGCACUGCUUUCCUUUUGGGUGAAGGUGAGUUCCCUGGGGAACUGUGGGAAGGGGAAUAGGGGAGUCAGCACCUUUAACAAACUACAGUUCCCAGGAUUCUUUGGGAGAAGCCACAACUGUUUCAGUGGCAUGAUACUGCUUUAAAUGUAUCGUGCAGAUGGGGCCUCCCUCUCCGAUGUCAAGUUCUACUUAAAUAUCCCCCUCCUAGAGCUACAAUUCUCAGAGUGGUUUAACGAACUGUUAUGUUUAGCUGCUAGGGAUUGCCCACCCGCCGGAUCUCCAAGGCUGACUGCUCUAUGCCCACACGCCCAAUCUCAACACACACACACACACACACCUCACGGAUCUCCAUGGCUGCUCCUUCACACCCACCCACCCACCCACCUGAUCUUCAUGCCCACCCUACAUACUUCCAUGUUUCAGACAUCGUGAUAUUUAGGCAUAUCGCAAUGUUUAGCUGGUGAUGUAUCAUGAUGUUGAGAACUGGAUAUUCCACAGCCCUAGUUGGAGGGGACCCACUGCAAUGCAGGAAUAUGCAGCUGUCCUAUACAGGGAUCAAACUGCAACCGUGGCAUUACCAGCACCAGGCUCUAAGGGACUGAGCUAUUCAGUUGCUCAUGGGCCAUCCCCCCACCUCUUGAAUUUCUGAGGGUCUGAGGGAAGGAGGCAGUCUUUUCAAUAUUGGAGGCCUAAUAUCCUUCCUCCACAAUCUCACCAUCUGUUCUAAUGUGCUCAUGCACCCUGAUGUGGUCUGUAUCCUGCCAAGCCCCUUGGCUGCAAGGAGGGUGGAUUGUUUCCCAUGUGACUUGACAGCCUUACAUCUGAAAAGGAUCUAGGCACCAGAAAGCUUGACAUGAGUCCACAGUGUGAUGCAGCGGGGGGGGGGGGGGGCGAAGGCUAUUCAAGGCUGCAUCAAGAGAAGUCUAGUGUCCAGAUCAAGGGAAGUAAUAGUCCCACUCUAUUCUGCCUUGGUCAAACCACAUCUGGAAUACUGCGUUCAAUUCUGGACACCACAAUUUAAGGAGGAUAUUGACAAUCUGGAACAUGUGCAGAGGAGGGCAACCAAGAUGAUCAAGUGUCUGGAAGUCAUGUCUUAUGAGGAACUGUUGAAGGAGCUGGGUAUGUUUAUCCUGGAAAAGAGGAUACUGAGAGGACUAAUAGAUUCAAAUUACAAGGAAGGAGAUUCUGACUAAACAUUAAAAAGAACUUUCUGACGGUAAGUGUGCAACGGACUCCCUUGGAAGCUGGUGGUCUCUUCUUUAUUGGAGGUUUUUAAGCAGUGGUCAGAUGGCCAUCUAUCUUAGAUUCUUUAGCUGUGAUUCUGGCAUUGGAGGGGGUUGGACUGGAUGACCCUUGGGGGUCCCUUCCAACCCUACAAUUCUAUGAUUUUGCCUUGAAUUUCUACAGAUAAUGACUGCGAGUGUGUGUGCUGCCGGGGUGCCCAUGGGGGAACUAGCAAGUGCCCCACCUUCCACCACUAAUUGAGAAAGCUUUCACUAUACAUUGAAAAUGGGACACUUGGGAACUCUCCAGAAGAAACAGAAUGGAGAACACAAGAGCAAAUGCCAAAGCAUUCUAGGAAGUGCUGGAUAGCCUUCUUUCUCUUCAAGUGUUAAUUCCAAAUGCUCGUUGUUUUGCUUAUGAGGAGGAAAAGGUAUAGAAAGGAGAAUUCCUGGAUGCUAAGAUCCAAGUGUGGGGCAAGUACUCUUUGAUGAGAAAACCACAGGGUAGAUUUAAAGUCACAAAAUAUGCAGCAAAGUAAGGGGUGGAAAUAUAUGGUAGGCUGUUAGACCUUUAAAAUAAGGUUAACCAUAAUGCUAAGCAAACAAAAGAACCAGAGUCUUCAGGUUCAUUUGUGGCACCUGAGACAAGAGCUCUGGUGGAAAGCGCGGAGUGCCGGUCCUGUAUUAUUACCGGAGCUGGUAUUAAUGGUCAGGAAAUGCCCAGAUAAGCAGGUGCAUUUUUAGCUGCUGGCAGAAGCACCCCACAAUUGAUGCCUGCUUGAUCUCCCACUCCUUUCUAAUGGAAUAGAGCUCUUCUCCAACAUGGAGAAUAUGCCCUUUCUGAUUGUCACAUCCAGACAACAAGUUAACACGGAGUACUUGUAGGUACAGAGCCUCGGUUUGGGACCAAGGUAUUGCUGCCAUCAUCGCAUAAAUUGGUCUAAUCCCCUUGUAGAAGCACCAGCCAUCACAACCUCUUGUAGUACCUGUGGAUUCCAUAAGUUUAAUUUUCCUUCCUUGGGGACAUUCCCUGGCAAGAGGGAUUGACUGUUAAAACCACACUGCAAACUGUGGGUCUGUGAGGGGAAUUGGAGUCCCCUAACAACUCUCAACAACAACAAACUACAGCACCCAGGAUUCUUUGGGGAGGGAGUCAUAGAAUCAUAGAGUUGGAAGAGACCACAAGGGCCAUCGAGUCCAACCCCCUGCCAAGCAGGAAACACCAUCAGAGCACUCCUGACAUAUGGUUGUCAAGCCUCUGCUUAAAGACCUCCAAAGAAGGAGACUCCACCACAUGCCUUGGCAGCAAAUUCCACUGUCGAACAGCUCUUACUGUCAGGAAGUUCUUCUUAAUGUUUAGGUGGAAUCUUCUUUCUUGUACUUUGGAUCCAUUGCUCCCUGUCCGCUUCUCUGGAGCAGCAGAAAACAACCUUUCUCCCUCCUCUAUGUGACAUCCUUUUAUAUAUUUGAACAUGGCUAUCAUAUCACCCCUUAACCUCCUCUUCUCCAGGCUAAACAUGCCCAGCUCCCUUAGCCGUUCCUCAUAAGGCAUCGUUUCCAGGCCUUUGACCAUUUUGGUUGCCCUCCUCUGGACACGUUCCAGUUUGUCAGUGUCCUUCUUGAACUGUGGUGCCCAGAACUGGACACAGUACUUCAGGUGAGGUCUGACCAGAGCAGAAUACAGUGGCACUAUUACUUCCCUUGAUCUAGAUGCUAUACUCCUAUUGAUGCAGCCCAGAAUUGCAUUGGCUUUUUAGCUGCCGCAUCACACUGUUGGCUCAUGUCAAGUUUUUGGUCAACCAAGACUCCUAGAUCCUUUUCACAUGUACUGCUCUCAAGCCAGGUGUCACCCAUCUUGUAUUUGUGCCUCUCAUUUUUUUGCCCAAGUGCACUACUUUACAUUUCUCCCUGUUAAAAUUCAUCUUGUUUGUUUUGGCCCAGUUCUCUAAUCUGUCAAGGUCGUUUUGAAGUGUGAUCCUGUCCUCUGGGGUGUUAGCCACCCCUCCCAGUUUGGUGUCAUCUGCAAAUUUGAUCAGGAUGCCCUUGAGUCCAUCAUCCAAGUCGUUGAUAAAGAUGUUGAAUAAGACCGGGCCCAAGACAAAACCCUGUGGCACCCCACUAGUCACUCUUCUCCAGGAUGAAGAGGAACCAUUGAUGAGCACCCUUUGGGUUCGGUCAGUCAGCCAGUUACAAAUCCACUGAGUGGUAGCAUAGUCAAGACCGCAUUUUACCAGCUUCUUUACAAGAAUAUCAUGGGGCACCUUGUCAUUACUGUAUGAAGUGGCAUGAUGCUGCUCUGAAUGUAUGGUGCCAGUCUGAAGGGAGAGUGACGUCCAGUUGUAUUAGCCUGAAUGCCACAUUGAUCCAGUAGUUCUUGGAAAGUUGAACGAAAACUCUGCCCUCUGGCAUUUCCCCAUGGCUCAGCAUGAAGCAGGCAUACUGCAUGCCUGCAAUGGUUUCCAGAAAUAAGAGCGUUUAGGAAGUGUGAUAACCACGACAGACUAAAUUUGGGGAUGGAAAAAUGCAGAAGCCUGUUCAUAUUCACAUUUUAACACAUUAGCGAAAGUGACAAUGUAAGACAUUUUGCAGUGUGCUUAACAGCUGGGAGGAUAAAUGCCAAAGGUUUUCUCCCAUAAAGCUCCCAUAAAGCAUGUAUGGCACCUGGGAAUCUCAAACUUGGGUGCAAGGAGUUGCUGAAUAUUUGGAGGAAACUGCUUCAAGCCUACUUGACGUCACAGUUGUGCAAGCAGUUUCUUCAGCAUAGCAAACCCUGAAAAUGUUGGUAAAUGUAUUUCCAAUGUCUAUUAAUACUAAAGGUAUUGAAUAAUAAUAAGACUUCCUAACAUCUAGUACUUUGAACAUCCAAAGCACUUCAGAUGCAUUAACUGGCUAUAAUCCUUACAAGAAAGAUAUUGCUGGACUCCAGCUCCCAUCCUUCCUGGCUGUUGGCCCUGCUGGCUGGGGCUGAUGGGAGCCCAAAGACCUCUGGGUUCCCCAGCCCUGCUGUACUCUGUCCACCCCACCCCACCAGCUUUCUUUGGCUGAGGGGAAUUAAGGCUGAAAGUCCACUGGACUCCCAUGUCAGGGAGACCCUUCAGCCUCUGCUGAUUUCUUAUUUCCAUUUUGUGUUGUGUGGUACCUGAUUGCAACAUAAUCUCUUAAUGUGAUGACAUGGGCGAGGUGCCCUGGAAAAGAGAGAAAGGUAUGCAUUGGUUUUAUUGCUUAGAAGCGGUUCUUUUCUCAGUCUUUCUCUCUCGCUCUUCUUUUCAGGGCUUCUCAAUUGGUUGCAAAAAAGAGCUGCUCCAACAGUGCGGACGUUGGCAGACGCUGCUUCCUUGGCUCAGAAGUCUCUGUGGAAACUGGGUCGACUGAACCAUGUGGCUAUUGCAGUGCCCAAUUUAGAAAAAGCCACCUCUUUGUACAGGGAUGUGUUGGGUGCUCAGGUGAGCAAAAUGGUACCCCUUCCUGAACACGGCGUCUACACAGUCUUUGUGGACCUGGGCAACACAAAGUUGGAACUUCUGCACCCACUAGGGGAGAACAGUCCAAUCGCUGGUUUCCUGAAGAAAAACAAGGAGGGAGGAAUGCACCAUAUCUGCAUUGAGGUAUUUCCACUCCUCUUUCUUUUUGUUUGAAAUUUUUUUUUUAAUCACAUUGAAAAACCUGGAUGCUUUACUUCAUCGUAAGGCAGCGUAUUUGAAAUUCUGAGAAUCCUAAGGUUCUUUACUACCUGAUUUCUUUACUUCCUUUGAAGGGGUCAAAUUUCUAGCCUUCAUUAAGGUAUGUUUUGAGAAGCUUGUUUGUGAAUUGGGGUGAUCUAAUUUAGAAAAAAAGAUGAGCAAGGGACCAAUAUGAAAGAGUUAUAUAAAGCCUAGUGUGGUGUGGAGACAGAGCUUCUCUCUGCCCCUUUCUCUCCUUUCUCGUAGGAGUAGAACCCACUGAGAUCAUCCAGCAAAUCUGAACUAAGAUUUAGGACAGACGAAAGGAAGCACUUCUUAAAAAGCACAUGGUUAAACUAUGGAAUUUUCUAUCACAGGAUGUAGAGAUGGCCACCAACUUGGAUCGCUUUAAAAGGGGAUUAGAUGCAUUCUGGGAGGAGAAAAAAGCUGCCAGAGGCUAUAUAGACCCUGAUCAGGCUUCUCUGAAUCGCAGUUGCUGGAGGUCACAGGCAGGAGGGGCUAUUGCCCUCGUGUCCUGCGUCUGGUUUGCCACUCCUUGUGGGGAAAGCACAGCCUACACAACGCCUUUGGUUUGCUACAGCAGCAGCCAGGCUGUCCUUGGCUUGUUAGUUUUUAAAGCACAAACCUGUUUUCCAGCCUUCGCAUCUCUUGUGAUCUUCAGCCAAUUUUCUUUUUUUAAUGUUGAGAUUCAGUAUUGUUUCCAACAUAUCCUUCUUAGACAAAAGUUUUCUUUUCUUUUAAAGGUGAACAGUAUAACAGAUGCCAUAGCUGAACUGAAGGAGAAGAAGAUCCGUGUUCUGAGCGAAGAGCCCAGAAUUGGGGCCCAUGGGAAACUGGUGGUUUUCCUCCAUCCUAAGGACUGCAACGGAGUCCUAGUGGAACUUGAGCAAGCCUGAGUUGCGAUCCUAACUGUGAUAAGAAGAAAUUAAUGCCUAUACUAAGAGAGGAGAUGAGGCAUAUUUUCUGUGUUUUAAAAUUACUACUCCUGAUUUACUUGUUAUUGAGGGUUUUUUCCCUGACUGAAAAGCAUUAAUGAUAAUGUGAUUUGCCUUAAGAAGGAAAAUUUAAAUCUUGAAACACCAGUCUUAAUUUGGGAAGACACAUUUUAGUCACUUGAACAUCACCAAAAUAAAUUUUAUUUGGCUGCCUUAGGAUUCCUUUGAAGUGUAUCUUGCAACAGUAAGCUGGGUGCAUUUUAUGCACGCUCUCCCUCUGGGCAUAAUUUUGCAUCCAUUUGGUAGAUUUCUAGGUCAUCUGCCAUCACCCUGCUCUACAUUUGUAAGUGACAAGUAAGGCAAGGGCGAGGUGUCUGGUUUUUUUUGUUUUUUCAGUAAUUCCUUCAGUAUUCCCUUAAGAAAACAGCCAGCAAGGGAUCAUCAUAUUCUCUGUGUUCACCUGUCUAAAGACUCAUUGACUACUCCAUUGAUUGGUUCACUCAAUCAUAAGAUGCUUAUGGUCUUGUCUGGGUCCCCAUGAUUGCUAAGCAAGUCUUCUCUCCCCCCCCCCCAUCCGCAUGAGAAUUUGGGCCUUUUGAUUACCUUUUGAUUACCAAUAUUUGCUCUCAUUUGAUCACCAGUGUCACUUGCAUAAUUUAUAGUAGUUUGUCUGCAUUUAUUAUUUUGAAUUAUUACUGAUGGUGCAUAAUAAAACAUGAUUUUUGUUUCUCUACUUA